UUAACUGACUUUGAUGCUGCGUUUAUUUCAGAUGUUUGAUGACAUGACGGGACUCUUUGCGGGUCAGCAUGUCACCCUAGUGAGGUUUCGGGAACCUGAAGACGCAGUCAGGGUGGGAAGCGGAAUUGCUCAGGAUCUCAAGAUGGCGGACGGAGCAACACAAGAAGAGGCGUUUGAAGAAUGGCUUAGCUCUCGUAUGAAACAGUUAGGCCUCGAUGAAGACGUAUUUGGAAGCUAUAUCACAGGAGUACUAGAUUCUGAGGAUACGGACGAAGAUCGCAAAGACGCACUCAAGGGUAUUUUAGACGGAAUGACGCAAUAUCCUCUGAACGACCUCUGCAAUGAAGUCAUUGAAAGAUGGAGAACAUCAAGGGCAGAAGUGUUACAGGAAAAGGAACUCGAGAAAGAACAGAAAGCAACAGAAAAACAGAACAGACUUGCUGAAAUAAUGGAGAAACAAGCCUCAACAGUGUCUUCAAGAAAAUCCACCCAGGCUGAUGCUGACAGGGAAGUUAAGAAGCUCUUGCUUGCUCAGUAUGGACAUGAAUCAGAUGAAGACUACUGUACUGAGAGUGAUGAUGAACAAGCUUCAUGUUCUUCUGCUGAGAAGGAUUUAGGAAUGGUAAAAAAUAUGAAUACACAAUCUGUAGCAGAUAAAGAGAAAGACAAGAGAGAUAAGAUGAAGGAAGAAAGUGAACAGAGAAAACAACAGAUAAAAGAAGCAAAGGAGAAGCAAAAACAAAAAGCAGAUGAGAGGAAAGAAAAGGAAAGGAAAAGAACUCAGAAAGGAGAAAGACGAACCAGAUGACACAUACUGGUACAAGAAUAAUGAAAAAACUUUUUUUGCAUAGUUCUUGUGUCGAGAUGGAUACAGAUGAAGCACAGCUUUUUGUUCUUUAAAAAAUUUUUUUUCCACUUCAAAUUGUGUGAAAAGUUUAAUUUGUUAAUGCCAAUUUGCUUUUGGUUGGGGUUUAUGAGAGGAGAAGACUAUUCACUUUUCAGCUUUUUUCUACUUAUAUCAAAAGUUGUAAUUUAUUAUUCAUAGAUUAGAAGGAAAAAGCAAAUUAAUGUUAUAAAAAGGGAUGAUGUAGGCAAAGUAAUGACACUGUAAAACAUGAAGAAAAAGAGAUAUUAAAGAUAUUUUUUCUUAUUCAAUAAGUGGACAAUAACUAGUUUGAGGAUGAUUUAAUAAUUGAUGCAGACUGCAAGCAUGUGUUAUUUUACUCCCUUUUCUGAGGAGACUCAAAGCAAAAUAUAAAAAUUACCUUUAGCUGGAAUUCCAAAUAAAAUAAAUUAUUUCAAAUAAGAACUCAUGAAAAUGUUGGGUUGGAUGUAUGAUAGAAUUUAGUUGCAACAUGAAAUCAAUAUUAUAAAAUUCAAGCCUUUAUUUGGGUUUAAAUCAGUGACCUCAAUUUUACCUUUGAUGUGUCUUUUCAGCAACUUAAGUAUGGGGCUAGUGCACAACCAAUAUGUCAGUAAUUCACAUUGAAGCCCACUCUGGUUUGUAAUCAGGCUUACCUCCAUGAUCAUUCUCAAGGGAGAAAGAUGUGCAUAUAUGUUAAUGCUAAAAUCAUAAAAAAAAUGUAUGUUUUUUGGUUCUAGCUAGGGUUGACAUAGAGUAAACAUCAGACAGCAAUGCUCUCAAUUUGUGUUCAUUAAAGUACUUUCAGGCAGA